AUGGCUGCAGCCACAGAGGCCACCGCCAAGCGGUUCUUCUCGUCUCCCCUCUUCGCGGUUGUGGGAGCCAGCUCCAACCCCGCCAAGUUUGGCCAUAAAGUCCACGCCUGGUAUCUGAACCACAAGCUACCCGUUACCCCCAUCAAUCCAUCAUCGCCGACAGUCAAUGUCAACGGGGAGGAUCACCCCACGUUGCCGGACGUCAAGUCGCUGCCGCGGCCAACGGAGACGUCCGUGUCCAUCAUCACUCACCCCGCCAUCACCCUCAACGUCCUCAAGGAGGCCAAGAGCGUCGGCAUCCCCGCAGUCUGGCUGCAGCCGGGCACUUUUGACGACGACGUCCUCAAGUUUGCGCUGGCAGACGGCACUUUUGAAGCCGUCGUCUACGGAGAAGGGGGCAGGGGCUCUGAGGGCUGGUGCGUUCUUGUCGAUGGCGCCAAAGCGUUGAAGGAUGCUGGAAAGUUGUAG